CGGCUUUGCAAAUCAGCCGGCUGAGUGUGGCUUCUAUCUGGAAGUUAGCUGGGAUUCAGCCAGGCAGCGGCAUUGGCAACAUUUUGUGUGUGAUAAUACCUGACUUUAUCCCAAAAGAGACUUCAAUGCGGCAGGGAUUUUCCUGAGCACUGCAUAGCUGUAUGCUGGGGGACCACAGGAUGAUAAUCCUUGCCCAUUUUUAUACUGCCUCAGAGAUUUAUUCAUCCUCUUUCUACAUUUUGCUGUGUGGAACAACCUAGAAUUGAAAUGGAUUCAGUGGAGAUUGUUACCACUCAGUGCAUACAACACUGCCAACACUCCAAGGUGCAAAAUAUGUUUACUGUGGCACAAGAGUGAAAGAAACAAAACUAAAAGGGUAUUUGUUGGUUGGAUCACCAAAGCCAGGAGUGUUCAGUAUGUUAUUGGGAUACAGUCCAGUGUCUCAGGCGCUGCUAGGAACCUUCUUGACGUGGGGACUGACAGCUGCUGGUGCAGCACUGGUGUUUGUCUUUUCCAGUGGGCAGAGACGGAUCCUGGAUGGAAGCCUGGGCUUUGCUGCUGGGGUCAUGCUGGCUGCUUCUUACUGGUCUCUACUUGCACCUGCGAUUGAGCUAGCUGAAGACUCUGGGAAGUUUGGAGCAUUUGCAUUUUUCCCUGUAGCUAUUGGCUUCACCCUGGGAGCAGCCUUUGUGUACUUUGCUGACCACCUUCUACCGUGGCUGGGUAUCAGUGAACCUUCCUACACAGCACUGGCACUGAGCUGUGAUUCUAGAGUGGUGAAGGAGAAGUGUGAGGAGCAGUCCCUGUAUCCCCAGGAGUACGAAAAUGAACUGACCAUCCGGAUAGGUAGAACUGCACUACAUUCAGACAAAAGUGAAAAUGGGGAGCCCUAUCAGAGGAGGAAAGGUGCUGGAGGAAGCCAGCCAGAUGUUCCUGCUCCAUCCCAGACACUCAAAGACAACAGUCCAGUGCCAGCAAGCUGCAGCUGGAGGAGGAUCAUGCUGCUCAUCUUAGCAAUAACAAUACAUAAUAUUCCUGAGGGUUUGGCUGUUGGUGUUGGAUUUGGUGCUGUUGGGAAAUCAGCAUCUGCAACCUUUGAAAGUGCAAGGAAUUUAGCAAUUGGGAUUGGGAUUCAGAAUUUUCCAGAAGGGCUAGCUGUCAGUCUCCCCUUACGCGGGGCUGGGUUUUCAACAUGGCGAGCAUUCUGGUAUGGGCAAUUAAGCGGCAUGGUAGAGCCAUUAGCUGGCCUUUUUGGUGCCUUUGCCAUGGUGCUGGCAGAGCCCCUUCUUCCUUAUGCCUUGGCGUUUGCUGCUGGGGCAAUGGUGUAUGUGGUGAUGGAUGAUAUCAUCCCAGAAGCACAGAUCAGUGGCAAUGGAAAGCUGGCUUCUUGGACCGCCAUCUUUGGAUUUGUGAUUAUGAUGUCCCUGGAUGUUGGACUUGGCUAACAGGAGAUGCAGCUUUCUCAAUGUUAUUAAUCUUCAGGGAGUCAAUCUGAACAAAAUGCACAGCAGAGGCUAGAACUGGAAUAGUAUAUUUUACAUAAUCGCAAUGAUCUGGGAUUAUGUUGAUUUGUCUUUAAUUAUAUGGACUCUGGAAAUUUGCCCUAACUUCAUGUGGAUGGUUUUAGAAAACACAGGGAGCUGCUUCCUGUGAAUUUUAUUUUUGCCACCCAAUGGUAUCUUCUCCAUCAGGGAUCCUGGUAUGAAACAUAUCAGUGAAGCUGCAAGACAUGUUUUAUUCCUCCCCCUCUUUUGAUGCUUGUUUUUUGUAUCCAUAAAGGUCAGGUCUACUCUAUGGUGGUUGUCUUUGCUGUGUGUUUACAAAUCUUGUGUGUCAUAACCCAGUGGGACAGUCCCCAAAGAGCUUAAAGACUUGGAGGCUUCUAGCGGCAUCUGGGUUAUGGUCCGGGAGAUGGGUGUCUGCCACACUUUCCUCAGGGCUAUGGAAAUGGUCAGCUUCAUAAGGUGUUAAAUGGGUAGUAUUGUUCUUUUAAAAUUAUUUAAAUAAAUUGAAUUUUAGGAACUGUGUUUAUAAAAUGGGAUAUGUUUGAGUUUAUGGGCAUAUUAUGACAGGGAUUUACUGAAGGAAUUAGAGAUUAUUCUUUUUCAGAGUUGAUGGUGUUUGUGGCAGAUAUUAAGUGGAAAAAGUGCUCAAGCAUCCAGAUUUCUAAAAUACUGUCUCUGAGGUCCACUCAUUUCUCAAUAUGUCUAUUCUGGCUUUGAAAGAUCAUACACUCAUUUUAAGUUUAAGGUGUGAAUUACAUUAUUGGAAAAUCAGGAAGAGGGCUUUGUGAAUGCUAAUUUACCUCUUGACGCAAUUCAUUUGAUAAUAUGCUAUUUUCACCAAUUCUCCCUAAUAGACUUCAGUGCUGAUUCCUUGUAGACAGAUCUGAGACUUAAAGCAAUUUAGGGGUUAUCCUUUACUGUCAGCACAAGUAGCCUAUGACAGUAUGACAUUUUAUGGCACUAUGGCAUUUAAUCUUUGUUCCCAAUCAUUUGCAUUUUAUAAGCAAAACAAAAUUACUAUUGUUACUGCUGUUAUCACUUUGUUUAAAUUGUGAGUAGACUAGCAUUAACAUUUUGCAGGCAAUUGCUUUGUCCUUAAGUGAAGGGGGGGAUUAAAUUCUCAAUUUUUAUUAAUCUGAGUAGUUAAUUUUCUACUCAUAUUAAAUGGACCAGCUUGUAUAAUUCAAGGGCCAUGAGUAAAAUGUCUUGCCUGGUGGCACUCUGCCAUGGAGAGAGAGCUGAAGAAAUUGACAUUUUGACAGGUCCAGUAAGACUAUGAGUCAGUUGCACAUAUCUCACAGAGGACUGGGGAAUUUGUGACUCUUUUGAUACUGCUGGACUCCAUCUCCCAUCAUCUCCAUGGUCAAUGGACAGGAUUUGGGGAGUUGUAGUCAAGCAACAUCUGGAGGUGCACAGGUCUCUCACCUCUCUUCUGGCAACUCAGGGCUUCUUGGUUUCCAUCUGCAGCAUAGGUGCUUACAGACUAAAAACCAAAAUUUGUGCUUAUGAUACUGGAACCUGUCUUCUUGUAAGUUUCUACUUCAGAAGAGGCUGGCAGAUAAUUUGUGCCUAUGGUUACACCUCUGGGCCACCCUGGUUUUUCCUCCCAGCUCACAAUGCAGGGAGUACUUUGGCCUUACACACAAUUCCUAACAUACUUUAUAUUGUUCUAUGAAAUAUGGAACGUCAGAGGUAUGUGUGUACAUGCCCAUGCAAACCUGUGUAGUUACAUUAACCGAUAUGUGCUCAUGAACUAAGUAAAGUGAAUACCAUGGGAUUAUUUCUUCUAUUUGGGAAUUUCUGUGUAUGUAGGCCAGUACAGAAUGACAAUUUGUAACCAACUGAUAAUACUUUUUAACUUUCAUGUGGCAAAAUAAAAGAAGAGAUUU